AUGCCAAUAUCUCUUCAAGCUCUCACAUGGGAAGAGAGGGAGCGCCUUUUGUCCAAGUCUCAGGGACUUUCUCGAAAAUUCCCUUCCGCGGACCCCCUCCCUACCCUUCCAAGGUCCGGCGAGGAAACUACCAGCAGUGUUGGAGACGGUGGCAAGAAUCACAAAAUAGGAGACUGUUGCAGUCCAAUUGCUCGAAUUCGGAGUCUUGAAGAGAUUCAGGCAAAAUCAUCGGGUUUUCUAGAGAAACAAAUGGCAACACUGCUUGUUGCUUCGAGGUUUUGUGGCAAGGACGAAAAAGUUGUUAUUGAGGUAGCAGCUUUUGAUGAAGAUAUUCAUAAAAGUGAGUCUGAAGAUGUUGUGUCGCUGAGUGAUUGGCUCUUCGCCAUGCGUGAACACAUUGAAGAGCAAGUAAAAUGGGGUGUUGAGGCAUUUGGACAUGAGGUGUACAUUCCAGAGGCGACCUCUCUCACCAAACAUGGGACCGUCAUAUGUGCAUCAACAAUUCCGGACAUUCCAGCUGCAUCUUUGGAAGCAUUGUGUUCUUCCACCACCAAAGAGGUCUCCGAACCUCCUGUCACUGUGCUCUGA